GCGAACAGCAAAGUUCCCGAUCAUCCAGAUGGGAAGAGCAGGAAUGCUGAUACGAUCAGAGGGAGCAGCGGACAUCACCUGAGACCUGCUGGCCAUAUUAUGUUGCAUUAUAGAGGAUGCGUUCAGAUGCACAGGAUGCAUGUAUGCGGGGAUUUCACGUUUCCAGCAGUGUUGCAAUGCGUCGGAGAGGAUUCUGAUGAGAACACGGAUCUGGGAUACUAAAGCCUGGGCUUGCUUUGCUUUAGUCUGUAUACAAACCUCUGAUAUCUCCGUGUCUCCGGUUGCGCAGUGCAUUCACAGCUCCAGCGCGCGACUCCGCUCCAGCGCAUCAGACCUCAUUAAACCCCCGACGCGAUGACCAGCUCGGAUCAGGACCAGCAUCGGGACCAGAACAUGACGACCGUCUCCAAGAAAUCCAUCAUUACGAAGAUGUUCAAAGUGCGCAAAAGGAGGGAGAUGCUGCUGGCGCAGGUGUCUGUGGUCUGCAGUGUUCUGCUCGUGGCGUGGGGCAUGUCAACCGUCCUGACGAACACAGGUUAUGGCAUGAUUGUGGAGGGUCCGAUGGAGUCACAUGACCACUGGGGACGGCAGCUGAUGUCAUUAAUAUCCGAUAACAAGACAGAGGAGAAAAACUGCACUGAGCCAGCCAUCCGUGAAUUUCCAGAAGAUAUUUUUACCAACGCAGAACGGAAGAGCGGUGCUGUGCUGCUACAUAUUAUAGCGACUCUCUACAUGUUCCUGGCAUUGGCAAUCGUGUGCGACGACUACUUUGUGAUGUCUCUAGAGAAAAUCUGCGAGAAGUUAAAUCUGAGCGAGGAUGUGGCUGGUGCUACUUUCAUGGCUGCGGGGAGCUCUGCGCCCGAGCUCUUUGCAUCUGUUAUAGGGGUUUUCAUCACUCACGGUGAUGUUGGUGUUGGAACUAUCGUCGGUUCUGCUGUCUUUAACAUUCUCUGCAUCAUCGGAGUUUGUGGGAUCUUUGCUGGACAGGUGGUCUUUCUGACCCGCUGGGCUGUUUUCCGGGAUUCCUUCUUCUACAUAUUGUCCGUCAUAGCUCUGAUUGUGUUCAUCUACGACGAGAAGAUUGUGUGGUGGGAGAGUCUGGUUCUGGUGCUCAUGUACGCUGUAUAUAUCCUCAUUAUGAAAUUUAACACAAGCAUUCAGAAAUUUUUCACAAGACGAAGCGACAAGAAUGUUGCGAAUGGAAACGCAGCGGCCGGCAGUGAACUAGAGGAUGUCAAGUCCAGUAAGGCUUACAGUCGUGGUUCUGUGGUUAUGGUGGAUGAAAUCAUCAACGCCAGCCCCCCAAAUUACCGUUUUCCUGAAGCGGGUCUACGUGUCAUGGUCACGAGCCAUUUUGGACCAAAGACCCGUCUACGCAUGGCCAGUCGUCUGAUUAUAACGGAGCGUCAGAGGUUGGUCCAGGCAGCCAACGGCUUGGAGACGACUGUGGUGGACGGGAAACCUGACAUUGAAAAUGGAAACGUACUGGAGGACAAAACCACUGAGGAGAAAGAGGCUGAACUCACUUCACCCUUCAGAAUACCAGGCGGCUGCUUGAACAAAACUAAAUGGCUGAUCUCGUGGCCGUUAUUGUUGAUUCUGUACUUCACCAUCCCGAACUGUGCAAAGUCUCGCUGGGAGAAAUACUUCAUGCUGUCGUUUGUGCUCUCUACCGUCUGGAUCGCCGUCUUCUCCUAUCUGAUGGUGUGGAUGGUGACGAUCGUCGGAUACACGCUUGGCAUUCCUGAUGUCAUAAUGGGCAUCACGUUUCUGGCCGCGGGCACAAGUGUUCCAGACUGUAUCGCCAGUUUGAUCGUUGCUCGGCAAGGUCUAGGGGACAUGGCUGUCUCCAACACUAUUGGCAGUAAUGUGUUUGAUAUUCUGGUGGGACUCGGAGUUCCCUGGGCGCUGCAGACCAUGGCCGUCAAUUAUGGAUCAGUUGUGAUGAUAAACAGUCGAGGCCUAGUGUACUCUGUGGUGCUUCUGCUGGGGUCUGUAGCUCUAACCAUUCUUGGAAUCCAUCUGAACGGGUGGAAGUUAGACUUUAAGCUGGGCAUUUACGUACUGGUGCUGUAUGCUGUCUUCCUGUGUUUCUCAAUCAUGAUCGAAUACAAUGUCUUCACCUUCGUCAACUUACCCAUGUGUCGAGAAGACUAGUAUCACACAGAUCUGAUCUGGACCACCGCCUCUUCUUAUCCCGCAAUACAACAAAGAUCUCCUCUAAUCAUACCGUUGAUGUCAUAACUUUCUGAUCUCAGUUUGAUCCAUUCUUGCACUUCAAAACCAUCAUCACCUCAGAUGAAAGAGUGUUAGUCUUUAUUGGGACUAAUGGUUAAGUAUUUGUUGCUUGUAAAAACAUAUAUACAUAUAUGUUUUGUCAGAAUGCACAAUUACGAGAGAUCACAACAACGUUUACCAUAUAGACACAACAACCUAUAGAUAGAGUAUCUUCUCUUUCUGGUAAUACCAACUCCACGGAAGGAUUUCACUCUGGACCACAACUAUUCCUGUGAAGUUUGAAAAAAACAUCUUUCAGUUCAUUUUCCGACCUCUGACCCCAGAUUUUAACCCUGGAAGAGGAACUUUUCUUAGGCAGCUCGUCUCUUCCUGUUGACCUCUGUAGCAUCUCAAAAUGCAUUUGAAGUCUGCCAAAAAUGGACAGCGUUGGGGCGUGCAGAUGCCUAAAUAAACAUUCACCCUUUUUACAUCAUUAUUAUUUUUUGCACUGUCACUAUGUUGAGAAAAGUCUUUUGUAAUCUUGUCUCAGAGUCAACUGAGUCAAAAGUCUUCAUGAACUCUUUAUUGCUUCGAUAACAGUGAAUGCAAGAAAACUGAAAGUAUUGCACAUUGUCCAUUAUUACUGUACAAACAUCAUGAUAUGGACUCAUACUGUAGGGCUUGUUCUAAUUGAUUGUGACAGACUUUGUGUAUUUUUUUAUUUACAAAUGACAAUUGCUUCACCAUAUUAAGUUUUGCUGUCUCCUCUGAGAGGGCUCUGUGAUUAUGAACUUCCCUAUUUAGAGGUUUGAUCAUUUCAUUAUUGUAUAGCAGAAACAUGCUUUACGCAAGAACGCAAACACUUAACUAACUUUUAAGAACUUUUAUGCUAAUGCCCAUAAUUGCACCCCUUGUGGCAAUUCUGAGUAAUUGCAUAAAGCUAGAAAUUGUGCUCUGACGCAUUUCGUAAAUCAAUGAAAAAUUUAGAUUGCGUCCACUUAAUUGCAUUAACUUACAAAAGUAAAAAAAUAUAUAUAUUUAAAAUUAAACAUUUAUAUUUAUUUAAUUAAUAAAAUUAUAAUUUAAUAAUCAAAAUAAUCUUAAUAUCGGCAGCCAAUAAUUUACAACACAAAAAAUAGGACCUAUAAUGCUAAUGCCCAUAAUUGCACCCCUUGUGGCAAUGCUGAGUAAUUGCAUAAUGCUAGAAAUUGCGUUCUGGUGCAUUUCGUAAAACAAUUUGAUAUUGAGCUUGCGUACAAGUAUUUGCAUUGGCAUACUUGCAUUACUUUACAAAAGUAAAAAAAAAUCCUUUAAAAUCAAACAUUGAUAUUUAUUAGUAUAGAUACAAAUAUAUAUAUAUAUAUAUAUAAUUAAAUAACAAAAAUAAUCGUAAUUUCGGCAGCCAAUAAUUUACAACACAAAAAAAGAGGAACUUUUAAUGCUAAUGCCCAUAAUUGCACCCCUUGUGGCAAUGCAGAGUAAUUGCAUCAUGCUAGAAAUUGCGUUCUGAUGCAUUUCGUAAAACAAUUUAUAUUGAGCUUGCGUAGCUACAAGUGUUUGUAUCUACAUACUUGCAUUACUUUACAAAAGUAAAAAAAAAAAAAAUUUAAAAUCAAACAUUAAAAUUUAUUAAUACAAGUAAAAAAUUAUAAUUAAAUAAUCAAAAAAAUCAUAAUAACGACAGCCAAUAAUUUACAACACAAAAAAGAGGAACUUUUUAUGCUAAUGCCCAUAAUUGCACCCCUUGUGGCAAUGCUGAGUAAUUGCAUAAUGCUAGAAAUUGCGCUCUGAAAUAUUUUGGAAAGCAAUUUGAUAUUGAGCUUGCGUACAAGUGUUUGCAUCUACAUUCUUUAAUACUUUACAACAUUUUCUUGAAAAAAAAAAUAAUUUAGAUUAAAUAUUGACAUUUAUUAAUAUCAAUAAAAAAAAAAAUUUUACCACAAAAAACAGUAUGCACCAAACCAUGUUUAUAGUUGUUGCAAAUGAACAUAUAUUUGAUGCAGACUGGGUUGUAUUUUAUUGCAACCUGUUCGGUCGGCAACUUCUACCAAGUGACGAUGAAUCUGCAGCAAAAUACCGUAGAGUUUGAUUAGACACAAAAUUCUUGACAUCAACAACAAAAACAUUGGUUUUGGUUUUAUUGAAAAAGUUAAUAAGCCAAUUUAUUUUCCUAGCCUAAACAUGCAUGAUUAUAUGAUUAGUUGCAUUUUAUUGUUUGCAUUAUUAGCAUCGUUCAACAGACCUGUGACCCAUUUUUGGGUUGCAAUCCACCAGUUGAGAUCCACUGCUUUGUAGGCAGGGUCCUUUUGUUGUGAAACGGAGAAACUGGCACUUUAAAGCUGAUUUAUGCAGUUUCAAACAGUGCUUCCCUCUGUCGGUGUGUGUGUGUGUGUAUAGACAGUAUGUGUCUUUAUGUGUUUAUUUGUGCGCAUCAGGGGAAGACAUCUUCAUCGACAGGUGACUCUGUGAGCACAGCCACAACAGCACACCCUGCGUCUGCAAUGCUUUACGGGACACAGCUCUGGACGGUCGUCUCCAUGGCAACCACAACUCUCGUCCAGUUCUGACCUGGCAGCUACUGAACAAACUCUGUGGAGACAUUUACGUGUCAUUUGGGAGGGCUGAAACAUGAUUUAAACAGGCCUUUUCUCAUUUUAUUCAGACAGCUGAUUUUUAUGUCGGACCAACUCGGGUUGGUACUAAUUUAUGCAAUACAAGCACUUCUUUCUCUGUGCAAAGUGUCCUGAGGUCACAAUAAAUUGUUGGUGUAGCAAUAGGAUUUAAACUUAGGAAUGUUCUUGUUGUGGAUAUUAUGCAGGGAGCAUGUGGCUGUGCUCCCCAGGGCAUUAACUUCCUCGGACAAGGACUUGGGAGCUGCCUUGAACUCUUUGGAGAGAGGACUUUGUAAACUCAGUUGGAAAAGGUGUUUUUUUUAAGAUGGUUUUACAUUUAUACAGGCUGCAUCAUCUUCCUAACUCAUCACCCACACAAUAUCACCCAGAGACAAUAACUGACUCAAAAGACACUUUAUUUAUCUGCAGUAUUGUCUGAUAUGGGAAUAUGUAAAGAACAAAAACCAAGCUGGUUUACUGGUUUAUUUAUGUUGCAAUAUUAUAUAUAUAUAUAAGUUGUUGUGCAAGUAAUGUCACAAUGGUCCUAAAAACAAUUUUCUUAAUGCAGAAUAUAAUUUCUUAUUUAUUUUUUAUUUUUAUUUGUUGCAAAUAUGACCAGGACCUGUUUUGUGAGAUUCAGCCACAAAAAUGCAAAUGUUGAUAAUGCAGAAUUUUACAGCUGUUGUAACUCAGUUGUUCUUUAAAUAUCAAGAUUAUUUGUACAUACAUUUGAGAUGCUUUACUCAAAAAACUUUUUUACCAUCAGUUGAACUGGUGGGGUCUUUGUUUGAAAUUGUAUUCUACCAACACGGUGAAUAUUGAUCACUUACAAUGCAUUCAGAAAGUAUUCAGACCCCUUCAUUUUUUCACGUUUUGUUAUGUUGCAGCCUUAUGCUAAAAUGCUUUAAAUUAUUUAUUUUUUUCACAUCAAUCUACACUCCAUAUCCCAUAAUGACAUAGCAAAAACCAGAUGUUUGAUAACUUAUUAAAAAGAAAAAACUGAAAUAUCACAUUGACAUUAGUAUUCAGACCCUUAACUCAGUACUUAAUAAAUCACCUUUGGCAGUGAUUACAGCCUCAAGUCUUUUUGGGUAUGAUGCGACAAGCUUUGCAUACCUGGAUUUGGGGAUUUUCUGCCAUUCUUCUCUGCAGAUCCUCUCAAGCUCUGUCAGGUUGAAUAGGGACCGUCGGUGGGCAGACAUUUUCAGGUCUCUCCAGAGAUGUUCGAUUGGGUUGAAGUCUGGGCUCUUGCUGGGCCACUCAAGGACAUUCACAGAGUUGUCCCUAAGCCACUCUUGCAUUGUCUUGGCUGUGUGCUUAGGGUCAUUGUCCUGCUGGAAAGUGAACCUUCAGCCCAGUCUGAUGUCCUGAGCGUUCUGGACCAGGUUUUCUUUAAGGAUAUCUCUGUAUUUUGCUGCGUUCAGCUUUCCUUCAACCCUGACCAGUCCCCCAGUCCCUGCCACUGAAAAACACCCCCACAGCAUGAUGCUACCACCAGCAUGCUUCACCGUUGGGAUGGUAUUGCGCAGGUGAUGAGGGGUGUCUGGUUUCCUCCAGACAUGACGCGUGGAAUUGAGGCCAAACAGUUCAAUCUUCAUCUCAUCAGACCAGAGAAUCUUGUUUCUCACAGUCUGAGAGUCCUUUAGGUGCUUUUUUAUGUGUCUUGCACUGAGGAGAGGCUUCUGUCUGGCCACUCUGCCAUAAAGCCCAGAUUGGUGGAGUGUUGCAGUGAUGGUUGUCCUUCUGCAAGUUUCUCCCAUCUCCACACAUGAUCUCUGGGGCUCAACCAGAGUGACCAUCGGGUUCUUGGUCACCUCUCUUACAAAGGCCCUUCUCCCCCGAUGGCUCAGUUUGGCCAGGUGGCCGGCUCUUGGAAGAGUCCUGGUUGUUCCAAACUUCUUUCAUUUAAGAAUUAUGGAGGCCACUGUGCUCUUGGGAACCUUCAAUGCAACCGAAUUUUUUUGUAGCCUUCCCCAGAUCUGUGCCUCGACACAGUCCUGUCUCUGAGCUCUGCAGGCAGUUCCUUUGACCUCAUGGCUUGGUUUUUGCUCUGAUAUGCAUUUUCAGCUGUGAGACCUUAUAUAGACAGGUGUGUGCCUUUCCAAAUCAUGUCCAGUCAAUUGAAUUUGCCACAGGUGGACUCCAAUCAAAGUGCAGAAACAUCUCAAAGAUGACCCAUAGAAAUGGGAUGCACCUGAGCUAAAUUUCUAGUGUCAUAGCAAAAGGUCUGAAUACUUAUGUCAAUGUGAUAUUUCAUUUUUUUCUUUUUAAUACUUGUGAUUAAUAAUUGUCAUUAUGGGGUAUGGAGGGUAGAUAGAUGUGGAAACAAAAAAUCAUUUAAAUCAUAUUAGCAUAAGGCAUAACAUAACAAAAUGUGAAAAAAAUGAUGGGGUCUGAAUACUUUCUGAAUGCACUGUAUCUGUUUAUGAAGUCACUUUUUUAAUAAUUCAGAUGUCAUAAUUGUUGUGCCAUAUUGUGGAUCAUAUGGGAACUUACAAAAUAAGUGCACACACAUCUAUUAUGUCAAUGAAAAAUAUUUGGAGGUGUGAGUAUUUGUCGAAUGAAAGCGACCUCAUGCACUGUGAGCUCAGUGAGAUGUGAGAUUAAUGUCGAUAUUCAACUGUAUGAUGAUUUAAAAAAAAAAUACAAAUACCUAUAUUUAAUGUAAAGUUACUAUGAAUCAUAACUGAAUACAUCUGUAAAACGUAUAUGAAUGUAUUGUCAUGGUAUAAUGGACAAAUCCAACCAAUGCAUUUUACUGUAAAGCAAUAACAUACACAGAAAAUAUAUAUAUAUGUCAAAAGAAUUCCUGUACAUUUGUCAUAUGAAUCCCUGCGAAAGGAAUGUUUAAAACAAAGUCUUAAAUUAAAUUAUGCCA